GUUUCACACACACCCAUGUUCACCCACUUUGUACCACACACUUUCAUCACUACACCUAUCAUCUGAAAACACUAAGUAGUCUUUGCACUUUGAUUAGAGAACACUGUUAAUCAUUCAGCCCAGGCAGCACAGUAGACAUUUAAAAGCCCCAGGACAGGCAGCACACAGCAGUGUGUUCCCCAUCCCAGGAUCCCUCUGUUACAGAGAUACAACAUGGCUGAGAUGGACCCAGAUGGGAUUAUAGCUACAGACCCCAGAAAUAAUUAUGAUAGAAAAUGCCUUAUUAUCCGGAAGCUUCUGAAGUUCAACCCUAAACAAGUGUUUACAUGGCAGCUGGUGAAGACAGUAGCCAUGGGUCAGGGUUUGGCUGUUCUCAUGUGUGGCACAGCAGUAACUUCCCAGUACCUGGCUUCAGACUACCAUGUGGACGCGCCCAUGCUCCAGAGCUUUAUGAGCUAUGCACUGCUCUGCAUCACCUACACCACCGCUCUGCUGUUCAGAACAGGGGAUGGCAAUAUGUUUCAGAUUUUAAAGAAGAGGUGGUGGAAGUAUCUCCUAGUAGGCUUGGUGGACGUUGAGGCUAACUACACUGUGGUUAAAGCUUACCAGUACACUACACUCACCAGUAUACAGCUGCUGGACUGUUUUGUGAUCCCUGUGUUGAUGAUACUCUCCUGCUGGUUCCUGAAGACGUGCUACAGACCCGUCCACUACAUAUCUGUGUGUGUCUGUCUGCUGGGGGUGGGGGCCAUGGUGGGAGCUGACCUACUGGCUGGACGAGACUUGGGAUCCACCUCAGACUUUCUGCUAGGUGAUGGCUUGGUCCUGCUCAGUGCCAGUCUAUAUGCUGUGUCUAACUUGUGUCAGGAGUACAUCGUCAAACACCUCAGCAGUGUAGAGUUCCUAGGCAUGGUCGGCCUGUUCGGAACACUCAUCAGUGGCAUACAGCUGGGUGUUCUGGAACAUAACAAUGUGGCAAACAUCCAAUGGGACUGGAGAAUCGGCCUGUUGUUUGCUGGCUAUGCCCUGUGUAUGUACACCCUGUACAGCUGUAUGCCCAUAGUGCUCAGGAAGACCAGUGCUACAGCAGUCAACCUCUCCCUGCUCACUGAAGACCUCCUCAGCCUCUUCUGUGGCCUGUUUCUCUUUCAAUACACAUUCUCAGGUCUGUAUAUUGUGUCUCUGGUGAUCAUCCUGGUGGGCUUUGUCUCCUUCAACGCUGUGGCAACGACCCCUACCCCUGCAGACCCUAUCACCCCCUCUGUUGGCUGGAAGGAGGGUGGCUAUGACAACCCUGAUGACAUCAUCAAUGAAGAAGUAGUGGUGGAGGUCUUGGAGGAGCAGGAAGAGGAAGAGGGUGAAUGCCCAGGGGUAUCGUGGAAUCAGAGAACACAGUAUGAGGAAGUACCGACGAUGUGAUCUGAUCUACUAGACGAGCACUUCCCAAGAGUCUAUAGCUGUUCAUCUCCUUGUCUCCUUUCUUUCAUUCUUACUAUUCUAAUAGAUCUACAGAUUCACCGGUGUACAGUUGAAGUCGGAAGUUUACAUUACACUAGGUUGAAGUCAUUAAAACGUGUUUUUCAACCACUCUACAAAUUUCUUGUUAACAAACUAUAGUUUUGGCAAGUUGGUUAGGACAUCUACUUUGUGCAUGGCACAAGUAAUUUUUACAACAAUUGUUUACAGACAGAUUAUUUCACUUAUAAUUCACUGUAUCACAAUUCCAGUGGGUCAGAAGUUUAUAUACACCAGUGGGUCAGAAGUUUACAUACACCAAGUUGACUGUGCCUUUAAACAGCAUGGAAAAUUCCAGAAAAUUAUGUCAUGGCUUGAGAAGCGUCUGAUAAGCUAAUUGACAUCAUUUGAGUAAAUUGGAGUUGGAUCUGUGGAUGUAUUUCAAGGCCCACCUUCAAACUCAGUGCCUCUUUGCUUGACAUCAUGGGAAAAUCAAAAGAAAUCAGCCAAGACCUCAGAAAAAUGGUAGACCUCCACAAGUCUGGUUCAUCCUUCAGCUGUAUGUACAGUAUAGGUGUUUUGUAUUAGUUGUAAUAUUUCUCCACUAGUUGACUUGGCAAGAGGAAUAAUAAAUGUUUUAUUCCACAUUCAUUGUGGGGUGUGUCAAUUUAAUGAGUGAGACUUCAUUGAUAUCAAACAUAAACCCAAUUUUAAGCAAGAUAUUUUCACAUGAAGAUAGACAUUUUCUAUAUUAACUGCAGGGCUCAAUGCGUGAAACAUCACCUGAUUAAAUAAUAAUACA